AUGAAUUUCCACCUGACCCCUCGUGACUCUCCCAUCAACUCCCUCAAGCGACAUGCCGCAAGCCCAGCUCACACGCCGGGCAAGGGGACUCCGAGGAAGCGACCGUGCGUGGGAGCAAGAGCGAAUGCGGAGCAGCAGGUGGAGUGUUGCGUCAAGCAUCCUCCGCCGAGCAACAAGGGACCUCCGAAGCAGAACACAAGCACCGACGAGUUCUUCUUCGACAGCGGAGUGCUCGAUCCUCAGGUCUCCCAGCAUGACAUGUUCGAAGCUGUCGGGAGGGAGUUUGUCAGGCCGGCAGCCGAUUCCGUGAUGGAAGGAUUCAACGUGACCAUCUUUGCAUACGGACAGACUGGAAGUGGCAAGACUCAUACUAUCUACGGCUACUGCAGCUCCGGCAGCAACGUCGCAGACAUCAAUGCAGAUACCACAGGACUGAGCGGUCGUAUCAUGGACUACAUAGUAACAACAUGCGGAGAGAAGAAGGAAGAGAAGGUCAAGUAUCGCUACAGUCUGAGCAUGCUUGAUAUCUACGACGAGAAAGUCACCGACCUCUUCGACCCUCCUCACGAGAAGAAGGUGCGAGAAGGAGCCAACGGCACCUACGUCGAAGGAAGCAAGUGGAAGUCCGUGCUCAGUGGCCCGCAGGUCUGCUUCACGGCCAUGAACAGCACGAGCAGUCGCUCCCACACCAUCUGCAUGUUUCGAGUCUCAAGAGACGAGGAGCGCGAGGACGGCGAGGUCGUGAAUCGCAGCGGAAUCAUAACAAUCGUCGACCUGUGCGGAUCUGAGCGAGUGAAGAAGAGCGAAGUGGACGGCAGCCGUCUCAAGGAAGCGAUCAACAUCAACGCUUCUCUCAGCUCCCUCAAGACUGUCAUGUUCCCUACCGGUCGAGCAAGUUGA